AUGAUGGAGGUGAGUAUAGAGACAAGGGAGGAGGCGAAGAGGGGAAUCUCUAUGAAGAACAAGAGAAGUGAAUUGAAAACUUCAGGUGGAGUAUCAGUAAGGAGUACUGAUGGCGACGGGGUCAUGGUAGUUGGAGGUUCUAUUGCGAAAUCACAGAGAGAGAGGAGUACAGAGAGAGAGUCUCAUAGCGCCAUGGUAGGUGGUGGCGCUGAUAGUGAAUAA